AUGGCAGUUGACCCUGAAGAUUUUACCCAAUGUUGUAAGGAUUCUGGGAUCCUUGUGGUAGUAAAAUGCUGGAAAGAAAAUUCUACACUGAAUGGUUGUGUAACUGCUUACAAUACCAAUCCAGGCUUUUAUGAGGAAUGCAAUAUGGAAUACCUGAAAAAAAGGGAAGAAUUCCAAAAAACUGGAAUUCCUACCCAGAAAAGGCUACAUAAGCUACCUACAAGCAUGUAGGCAAAUAUUUAAAUGACAUUCGGGAACUCUGAAUAUUUACAGGUGGUACAGUCAA